UAAAUCGGUGCGCCGUAAUAUCCGUUUGAUGAUCAAAGGAACUUCAAGCCAAAAAAAUAUCAGGAAGGCCUUAAUUACAGUACAGAUAAUUAGAACAAGGACUAUAUUGAAGGACCAAUGGAAGCAUCUAAUUUAAGUGAACUGGUUAACCAGGAACUACUGCAACAUGCAAAAUCAAUAUAUGAGGAGCAAGGAUCAUUGACGGAUGACAUACUCUCUGCACUUCAUUUUAUGUUUGGACCUCCUCUUCUACAAGCCCUGGAUUUAGUUGACCAUCAGAGUGUGACACUGAUUAAAAGUGAACCUGCAGGCAGAAUAGUAUAUCAGGUUGUAGGUAGCUCUGGAAGUCCAUACCUUUGCCUACCGAGUGCUGGAUAUUGCCCUUGCCUCUUCUUCUCAUUUGCAGUAAUCAAAAGGAAAGAGGUUCCCAUGUGUAAGCACAUGCUCGCUAUACUGCUUGCCUCUGCUAUGGGUCUGGUGAAAGAGACUUCUGAAUCUGAUCAUCAUGUGACCAAUCUCCUCCUUGAAGCUGCAAAGACAGAUGUGGAGCCAUCUUGAAGAAGGUAAUCGUCUUUUAUUGGUGCUGGUAAGACUGAUGUGGACGUCUUUUGAAUGAAGGAUGUCCUGGACUUAUUCAUUAAGUUGCUAAGAAUGUCGUAGAAUCGUCUUGAAACAGGUCUUGGGCUCUUUUUCUUAGCAGCGAGGAUUGGUGUAGAGCCCUUCUAAAUGAGGGCUAGGACUCUUGUCCUCUUAGGGAAUUGUCCUACUACCAUUGUUUUGUUCUCGAUUGAAAUAAUGUAUGCAGGAAUAAACUGAA